AUGAGACUGUACUGCACGUUGUUGCUGUUGCUGGUGUUGAGCGCAUCGCUUGCAUUGGCGCAGUGGUGCCACGGCUCCCGCACACCCGUGUCCUGGUACCUGAUCUUCCAGCCGUCGCCUGAGGCUGACUUUAACAACAUCAAGGCUGAAUUGCAUUACGACCAAAAACAAUUCGCCAUGCAAAUCUCAGACUCUGAGCAUCCAACCACGAGCGCUGUUCUCAGCAGCUCAGCGCCAUCGUCCUCAUCGUCCUUGCCCCCGAUGGAGGUGACUGCGGUGAUUGAAGGCGAGUCUGGCAACGGCUUGCUGCUCCAGGUGACUGCCCUGUGGAACGGCGUCCAGUACCGCGGCGUGCUCCUCAACACGGCCAAGGCGACCUGGACCAAAGCGCGGACCUUCCUCGAGCGACCCGCCGUGGCCGAGUUCCGUGCUGCUGCUGCGUCGGCCACGUCAACGCCAUUCUACACUGGUGCUGGUGCUGGUGCUGGUGCUGGUGCUGGAGCGACUGGCGCGGCGGCGCACUCGGGGCCGGGAUUGCCUGUCGACCAGCUCUUCGUCAAGCCAAGCGCACAGCCCGCGUCGCGCAAGCCGCGCAAGCCGAGUCUCGCUCCAGAAGCGCCUCAGGACGAUGCUGCAGUGCCAGUGCCAGUGCCAGUGCCAGGUGCUGCUGCUGCUGCUGCUGCUGCGGGAGACCCGGCGACCAAGAUCAUCACUCAACCGAUUACUGCAACCGGUGGUCAUUCUGGAUCGGGAACGAACGUCGCACCAGCCGCAGCCAAUGCGCGAGCACACGGCAGUGAUGAGCUCGCUGAUCUGCUGCAGGAUGCUGGCGACGAGCUGGCAACCCCGCUGCCAUCCAGGCGCGAACGCCGUGCUGCAGCUUCCGCUCCGUCCUCUUCUUCUGCUUCAAGCACCAGCACCAUGAGCAGCAGUGGCAAUGGCAAUUCGACCGGUACAACCUCUGGUGACUUUUCUGUGGGCUCGGCAGUUGUGCGGACUGUUGCAGCGGCAACCGCAGCCGCAGCUGGCGCAGCAGUUCCAGCCUCAAUACAUAACGGGCCGGCUGAAGCAUCCGAGCUGGCCGACUUGCUCCGCGACGCGGAUGAGCACGGUGGUAUUGCGGACGAUGGUCCAAGGCGGCGACGCAGGGCCGUGGCUUCGGCCACUGCAGAGCCUGCCCAAGCACCGGAAGCGCCCGUCGAGGAGGCGCAACACUCCCGCUCUGGUCGACGGAUAAUCAAGCCUCCUGUCGCGGCUGCCAAAGAGGCAACAACAGCAACAGCCACUGAAGACGAUGCCUUGAGCGAGGUUGCCAGCACGCCGGCCUCUGCUGCAUCGCGACAGCCAGCAGCCCAACCAACCAAUGCGCUCGCCCAACUAAUGUUUGCCGACGAUGACGAUGACGAUGAAGACGACGAUGACUCAUUCAAUGGAGAUGACGAUGACGGCGACGAUGAUGACGACGACGACGACGACGACGAUUCAGAGGACGACAAUGACGACUCCCGCCGUUUCAAGCGUAGUCGCGACAAUGAUGACGAUGACGAUGACGAUGAUGACGGCGCGGCAUUCUCCAGUGGCCAUCGUGGCCAGUUGGAGACCGGUGGGUCGUCCAAGAGAAUCAGGCACGAUAACGAGGAUGACGACGAUGAUUGA